GGAUUUAAUCGAGGUACGCAAAUAUGGUCGGACGCCAUGGUUAUAAAAAAAAUGUUAAUAGGAUUUUGAAAACAAAAUAACUUUUCUUUUUUAUAUAUUUGCUAAAUUGAUCUAUUUAAAAAAAAAAAAAUUAAAGAAGGAUCUCAAUAUAAUUCCUCAUUUAAAAGCAUCUAAAAUCUUUUCAAGCAGCAAUUCGACAGAGGGGUGGAAGAAAUGGGUCGGGAAGUAUCAGAGAGCUGUGUGGAGAGUUUAGUAACAGAGAUCGUGUCUUCUUACUGCAAUGGCUUCUACGCCGACAAACCUGAACUCGCCGCCCGACGGAUCGAAGCCAUCGGCUUUCAAGUUGGACACCAACUUUCGGAAAGGUAUACCAUGGAUAGGCCCCGGUUCACUGAUCAUCUGGAGGCCAUCAAAUUCAUAUGCAAGGACUUCUGGUCUGAAGUCUUCAAGAAGCAAAUAGAUAACCUGAAGACAAAUCAUAGAGGCACCUUUGUGUUGCAAGAUAAUCGUUUCCGUUGGCUGUCGCGGAUGUCAGUUGAUCCUUCUAUAGAAACUCUUGGUUCUAUUCAAGACCCUUCAGCCAUGGCUGAAAACAAAGCUGCACAAGCCAUAGGAAUGCAUCUCUAUUUCCCAUGUGGAAUCAUAAGGGGGGCGCUUUCAAACCUUGGAAUUCCUUGUGCAGUUUCUGCAGAUAUAUCUAAUCUUCCUGCUUGUUCAUUUGUAAUACGAAUAAAGGCAUGAUGGGCUUUUGCAAGAAGAGUAUAUUAUCCAAAGGUUUCAUGAGCCAUUUCUGUGCUUAGCAUGUUCAACUCUCACAUGAAUGCCCUGUAUUGUGUUGUGAUUCCAGACUUAAGAAUUACAAUUUCUCAGAGAAAUGAUGUUUUCACAUAUAUGAGACAAACAUUGUAUAGGUAUUCUGAGUACAAGGUUUCUUCUUCAUGAUACAUUAAAUUUCUACAUGGACUCUUGCAAACUUCUUGAUACAAUUUCCCUUAGGUUUCAUGAUCCA